GCAUUCAAUGUAAAUGUGUCUACCAUACCCUGUGUCUAUGGAAACCUAUUUUGGACUCACUGGGUAGAAUAUUUGCAUAGAAAAUACUGGGACUGGGAAUAGGAAGUCCCAGUGUCCCACUGAAAAAUAUCUUGAUUUUAGGUUUUAUUUGAUCAUGACCUAUACUCCUAAGCUACAUCGAAACCAGUGGCGAGAAUGGAAUGUGUCAAAGCAGUCACCUUCACAAAUCACUCAACAGCUUUGAGCGUCCAAUGUAGGUGUAUUUGAAGGUCCUAAACACGGAGGGCUUGUCUGGUGGAGCCUGUUUGCUCGUCGCUAACAUACCUGAUCCAGAAUAACUGGUCUAUCAGUUUAUGAGCUCUGUACCAGUGAUUCUGUGCCAUAACUACCCAUGGAGUGACUGGUGGGGGAAAAAACUACAUGUAAUAGGUAUAUUGUAAUAACUACAAGUAAUAGGUAUAUUGUAAUAACUACAUGUAAUAGGUAUAUUGUAAUAACUACAUGUAAUAGGUAUAUUGUAAUAACUACCUGCUAUAGAGAGUGUAAUAACUAUCACAAAUGACAAGGACGCACUCGUCGAGGGACCUACUGAACAAGGUGCACCUUGUUCUUGCCUAUGACUUGGGGAUGUGCUCCUCCCAGCUGAGGAGACCAGCAAUGGCAAACAUGACGACCUGUUGCAAAAUGACUGUUGAUACUUCACUUCAGCUGAGAUGGUUGAGUCAGUGUCAGCUUGGAGUUCAAACUUUGUGUUGAGAGUUUGGUAUUUACAUGAUGUAGACUUACACUGAAUAAGUGUUUGGGGAGGGGGAAGGAAGGAAGGAGGGAGACAUUUUCCCAAGGAGAGCUGUGGGGGAGUGUUCUGUUCUCACCAGCUGUUUCCCCCGAGAGUAUUUAGACAGUCAACAACAUCAUAUUGAUGUUAUAGUAAACCAAAACACCACUGUAUUAUUACAUUCAUUCUAUUACAGUCUUAGUCCAGGCUAUCAGGGAAGUAGUCUUAUACUGUACAACUACUACAGUGUUAUUGUUUGAGCUGGCCUCCUUUCCUUUAUGUUAUUAUUUGAGCUGGCCUCCUUUCCUUUAUGUUAUUGUUUGAGCUGGCCUCAUUUCCUUUAUGUUAUUGUUUGAGCUGGCCUCCUUUCCUUUAUGUUAUUGUUUGAGCUGGCCUCCUUUCCUUUAUGUUAUUGUUUGAGCUGGCCUCCUUUCCUUUAUGUUAUUGUUUGAGCUGGCCUCCUUUCCUUUAUGUUAUUGUUUGAGCUGGCCUCCUUUCCUUUAUGUUAUUGUUUGAGCUGGCCUCCUUUCCUUUAUGCCGUUCCUCCUCUCUCUAUUUGUUUCUAGACUGUGUUUGAGGAGAUUAAAAGAUUAUUCAGAGUGAGAGCAGACGCGUUCCCGGACUUUAUCUCCAAGGACUGCUCGGAAACCACUGACCCCUCAUGAGAUACCCACAAGUCACCUGGCAUUUGACCCGAUAACCAUGGACGUCCGAGUGCAGGCCAAUCCUAACCUCCAUUUCGGGGUCAACGGGGGUCAUGAUGGCGCUAAUAGAAACUCCCGCAGUAGACCAUUUGAGGAUAACGCGCUUCAGUUCUUAAGCCAGGAGGAGCAGGAUUGUAUCCUGUUCUUUGAGGAGACCAUUGACUCCCUUCUGACUGCCCCAGUAGUAGAUGAGCUUGAUGGACCAGGACCCCCCAUCCUGGCAUCUGCCCCCAGCACCGUACCAUCCCGCUCAGCCUUGGACAGACCCACCAGCACCAAGGACCAGGACAUCAUAGACCUGGUUCGCCCAGCACAGCCUGAUCUAGUCCACCCCAUACAGGCACCGUUCAAGUCCUCCAUGCCAGAUUUCACCCAGAAUAUGGUGGUGAACAACCCUGAGAGGCAUUUUGAUAACAAACCGAGGCGCGAGGUGAUGGAAAACUUCCCUACAGAGUGCAACCUGCCCCUUCCUGGAAAAGACAAUGCCCCCUAUGGCCACGCCCUGUACCAGCCUGUAGGCUCCGUCCCCACCCCUGUCGUCAUCGCCCAGAAGAUCGCAGAGAACCAGGGGAGCGGGGGGAAUACCAACAUCCUCUCCUCCUCCCUCCUGUCCAACCACCGUAGGAACCUUGAUUUGGAGAACAUAGAGAGACCACCCACCUCCCCAGAUUAUCCAAUCAAACAGGGUCCGACCACCUCAGCCAAGCCCAACCAUUACCCCGUCAACAUCAGCAUGAUAACGGGCAGCAAACAGCACCACAGCGAUUCGCUGGCCAGUGUGAACCUCCAGGACAGGAAGUCUCAGAUGCUGGCUAACCUAUCAGGGACAUCCCACCCUGUGGAGGCAGAGGAACUCCAUGGGCUGCAGAAGGUCCAGGUUAACCUUCCCACCCGCAGUGUGUCUUUCAGGGAUCCCACUCCAAAUAAGUCCCGGAUGGAGGCACUGUCCAAACUGGGCUUGAGCCGAAACCGCUCCCCGUCAGGGGAUUUCUCUCUUAUAAUCACCCCCAAGAGCAGCACAAACACCAAACCCGCUGCUGCCCCGAUUUCGGUUGCCACCCCUACACCCGUUCCUACACCUACACUGACACCCAUGAGUAAACCAGGUGUGGCCAGACAGGCAAGGCCCUUGCCACCAGUAUCAGUCAACACCAACAGCUCUCACGCCAGUAUCCAUGACAACAAGCCUGCUUCUCCCCCGCCCGAAGUCUCGUCCAAGGACUUUAACAGCUACGGCGGGAAGACCAUCGUGGUGAACCCCUCUAAGGUUGCUGCUGCUGCUCCCUCUACCAGUAGCCAUGGCAGUAAGGCCCACCCAGUGACCUCUCACAGUGACUUCAACCCUUACGGGGGUAAGACUAAGGUAAUGAAACCUGCUCCUGUUACCACAACCAGGCCUGAUCCACCACAACCAGACAUCCAGAGCAGGGCCAUACCUCCCCCAGCAUCCACCUCCGCCAGAGUGAUGCCUACCCCAGCCUCCAACUUCACCCCAGCCAAAGUGAUGCCUCCCCCUGUCUCCACCCCCACCCCAGCCAGAGUGAUGCCUCCUCCAGCUUUCAACUCCACCCCAGCCAAAAGGAUGCCUCCACCAACCUCCACCUCCAUCCCAACCAAAGUAGAAACCAUGCCCUACGAGGUCAACAGCUACGGGGGGAAGACCAGAAUGGUCACCCCAUCCCACACCACCUCCCCCAUUACCACCCCUGACAUCCUCACACACACUCUAGUGAGGUCCCCCAGCAAAGCUUCAUCCCCAGUGCCUUCUCAAGCCCCCAGACCUUUCUGCUACAGCACUCCCCCUAGCUCCAACAGGGUGGUGGCGUCUCCCCCGGAGCCCCGGCCGAAGUCCGCCGUCUCCAAGCCGUCCUUCCGCUCCCAAGGGAUCACUGUGCAGUUCUCCGGACGGGGAGCGUCGGAUGAGUCGCGCAGGGAUGCGCUCCGGAAACUGGGACUGCUGAAAGGCACUUUCUAACUCUGGAAUCGCCACCUCUGUCUUCCUUCUUUGAUUGUCUCCUCUGCAUAACCUCCAUUCAGAUUCCAGGUGGACAGGCGCAACUAAUGCAUCCAACGUUUUUUUUUCUGAAAGGAUGUGAGGUGUGGCAGGAGAGGAUACCUACAUUACUGUGGAAUGAAACAGGUUCCUGGUUGAAACCCGGCACACCAGAUUCUGAGCCAAUGAAUGCUGACAAACGAGUCCGACGCGUCACAUGGCCUAGUUGACAAAUGAGCACGUGUACGUUUUUUUUUUUCCUUCAAAUACACACACGCGCACGUGUGUACACACGCACUCGUCAAACACAUACGUGCACAUGCACUCAUAUCCACAAAUACAUUCACCCAACAACUCCCACACUCCCACUUAGCUGUUAUAUGCAUCAAAGCUCUAUUUAGCUGUAAUACUACUCAGUGUUUUACAUUGCCUCUGAACCAAGACAUGCUUUUUCCCGCUACAUCACAGUAGACAUGUACCUCUAUUUUUUUUCUCUGGGCCAAAACAGACAAAAAACAGACCUGUGCAAAGGGGAACGCAGACAGCUGAAUGUCUUUGGCAUUGGCACAUUUGGCAGAGACAGACGUUUUACUCCCUUUGCCUCCCUCUGAUGUCACAUACUCAGCUACCAGUGAGAAUCCUUUCAUCCUCUCACUCUCCAAAGAUGGAUUUAUAUACCCCCCCCCCCCCCAAAAAAAAAUGUUUUGUUACUUUGUAUGACACUAAAAUUUUUUUACUUUGUAUGACACUAUAUUGAUUACUGAUCGGUUUGAGGCUGGUACUGCUGGUACUGAUAAAGUGAACUUGAAUCAUUAGAAACUGACAUUGAAGUCACCUGAGAACUGAAGAGCCUCACAGCAUGUUAUUUUGUUAACCAAUAUGAGUGUUGUUGUUGUCCAGGGGGUUAUUAUGAGUGUAUCUCACCAUACAGUUCUUAUGAGCAUGAACAAGGACAUGGCUUAUUUCCUGGUAGAAUGAGGUUGAAUGAGCUUCACUCACUAAUCUAUUAGAAUGUACCUAUAUUCCCUGUGAGGACGGUAACCAUCCUACUCAUGCAUAUUGAUUAUAUUUUACUAUAUAGGUAUUUAUGCACCCAUUGAUUCCCACUGCUGCCUUAUGGUAUGUUGAAGACAGGUCACUCGGGAAGGGGCUACAUUCCUUCAGGUAAGAGCAAAGCUUCUAAACGUAACGAUUGAUUGACAUAGCAAGCAAACUAAGCAGCAAUUAAAAUAGUUUACAUUCAUUUACCUCAUAUGCUCAGCUCUAAGGAUAUAACAUUAUUGGAAGUUCUGAAGUGACCCCAUGUGUUUAUCUCCUCAUAUGACAUUUUUCUGACUGUAAGUCACAGAAAAGAACCCAGGCUUGAGUUUUUAGGAAAGGAGUGAUAUGUCACUACACCGCUGGCUAAAGGGUAUUUUUUACUCCAUGGAUGUGCCUCCCACACAAAACCACUGAAUGUGGUUUGAAAAGUAGACUUUUACUACUUUGAGGGUGGAGAAAUGUACUUAGUGAGGACUGGCAAGGGCUUGUAAUGCCCAAAACACAAACACCGAAGCCACAGAAUCCAGAAAUACUCACAAGGACCAUUUUCUUUUGUUCAUGUAUGUUGCGCUUGCAUUUGCAAUAUGUAAUUGAACUGUCAUCAUAACUGAUGCCUCUUGUUUCUCUCUGGACUGCAGCUAUAUUGGUACAUAACCGUGUGUGUGUGUGUGUGUGUGUGUGUGUGUGUGUGUGUGUGUGUGUGUGUGUGUGUGUGUGUGUGUGCAUGCGAGCGAGUGUGUGUAUGUGUGUGUGUGCGAGCGAGUGUGUGUAUGUGUGCUCGGGUGUGUCUGCGUGAAACAUGUUUGUCCAUUUUAAAGUUUUAUUUGAUGAAAAAAGUCAGACUCCAGUUUUGUAGUUCAUCUACAGUAAUUCAUGAAGGAUCCUGUGUUACACCAUGCACACAUUAUUGUGGUUGUGUGAGUGAAACAUAUUUAACUAUUAAUAUCUUGACUCCGGUUUUGUAGUAAAUCUACAGUAACUCUUGAAGUAUCUAAUACACACAAACACACACUGGGGGAAAUAUACCUGUAGUUUGCAGACCCAGAGCGAGAAACAAAAAAGCCUCACGGACAACAAAGCCUCACGGACAACAUCUUUAUUUGCCAUUCAAUGAACAUUUACAAAUGGUCAACUUAAGUUGCUGGUAUGGUACAACAGCGCCUCCAUAUUUUUUUGCUCAUUGUCAAAUUGUACACAACGUUUAAUGUACAUCUGUGUCACUUAAUAAAGAGAGUAAUAUACAUGA